AUCGUUUCGCGAAUCGACUCACCGAUUCCUUUCAAGGCAACGUGGUGCGUGUGUGAGGGGAGCGGUUUUUCCCGAAAGCGAAUUUCACGAUCGCGAAUUUUUCUUCUCUCGUCCCUCAAGAAACUCUCGCGACGAGGAGACGCGGGGGCUGCUGCCGCUGCUGCCAUGGCUCACUUCGUGGCGCCGUUGAUCCAGGACAACCACAACGGAUGGGGUCCCUGUGCGAUUCCAGAGCAGUUUAAAGACAUGCCCUACCAACCCUUCAGCAAGGCCGACCGCCUCGGCAAGGUUGCCGAUUGGACCGGAUCCACGUACCAGGACAAGCGCUACACAAACAAGUAUUCGUCCCAGUUUGGCGGGGGUAGUCAGUACGCGUACUUCCACGAGGAGGAUGAGGGCAGCUUCCAGCUGGUGGACACCACCCGCGUGCAGAAAUCCAUCUUCCAGAAGAACCGCAUGAAAUUCACUCAGCAACGCAACAUGCGCCGUGAGAAGGAGCGCAGGCUGCAGAUGCAGGCGCUGAACAUGCAGACCCUGUCCAAGAGCGCCAAGCAGAAGGAGAGAGACCGGCAAAGGAUUCAGAAACUGCAGAAGCAGUUUGGAGGGAGACAAAGAUGGGAUCAGAAGGGGCAGCAGAAGCCACGCGACUCCUCCGUAGAGGUCCGCAGCGACUGGGACGUCAAGGAGGAGAUGGAUUUCCCGCGACUCAUGAAGAUGAGAUACGUGGAUGUGGCUGAGCCCGUUGACAUAGAGUGUCUGGGGGAGCUGGAGCACUAUGACAAGGCGUUUGACCGCAUCACGACGCGCUCCGAGAAGCCGCUGAAAAGCAUCAAGAGAAUCUUCCACACGGUCACCACCACCGAUGACCCCGUCAUCCGCAAGCUGGCUAAGAGCGAGGGGAACGUGUUUGCGACGGACGCGAUCCUGGCGACGCUCAUGUGCUGCACACGCUCCGUCUACUCGUGGGACAUCCUGGUGCAGCGCGUCGGCUCCAAGCUCUUCUUCGACAAGAGGGACAACUCCGACUUCGACCUGCUGACGGUGAGCGAGACGGCGAACGAGCCCCCGCAGGAGGAGGGGAACGCCAUCAACUCCCCCCGGAACCUCGCACUCGAGGCCACCUUCAUCAACCACAACUUCUCCCAGCAGUGCCUCAAGAUGGGUGCAGAGAAGUACAAGUUCCCCAAGCCCAACCCCUUCACGGAGGAUGACCUCCAGGGAGCGGAAGUUGCGUCUGUGGGCUACAGGUACCGCAAGUGGAAGCUGGGAGAGGACAUCGAACUGAUCGUUCGCUGCGAGCACGACGCCGUGCUGACCGGGGCCAACGGAGAGGUCUCCUUCAUCAACAUCAAGACCCUCAACGAGUGGGACUCGCGGUUCUGUAACGGCGUCGAGUGGCGUCAGAAGCUGGACUCUCAGCGGGGCGCGGUGCUCGCCACGGAGCUCAAGAACAACUCGUACAAGCUCGCCAAGUGGACCUGCUGCGCCCUCCUCUCCAGCUCCGAGUACCUCAAGCUCGGCUACGUGUCGCGCUACCACGUGAAGGACUCUGCGCGCCACGUGGUGCUGGGCACGCAGCAGUUCAAGCCGGGCGAGUUCGCCAGCCAGAUCAACUUGAACCUGGAGAACGCUUGGGGCAUCCUGCGCUGCAUCGUCGACACCUGCAUGAAGCUGCCGGAGGGCAAGUACCUCAUCCUCAAGGACCCAAACAAGCAAGUGAUCCGCGUCUACUCGCUCCCUGAUGGGACCUUCAGCUCGGAGGAGGAGGACGAGGAGGACGACGAUGACUUGGAUGAGGAGGAAGAAGAAGCCGGGGAGGAAGUCGUCGCAUCCUAGACCCGGUGGUCAUGUCGCAGUUCCACUCCAGCGCCGUCACCUCGUGCGCCGCAGCAGCGUCAUCGUCGUCGUCAGCUUUGUCACGAUAUUAUUUCUUUGCCGUUUCUGUGAUGCCCCAAGCGACGAGUAGCUUACUGAGCAAUCCCAUUAACGCGCGGAGAUCACUCCUCUACAGCGGUGGCCGGGGGAUUCGUAAUACAGCGCGCUUCAAAAGAAACGUUGACACUUAUAUGGGACCAUCGUUUUUAAUGGGAAAAGAACGGAUGGUACGCUUACUCCUUGGUUUUUUCGGUGAAGUCACGUAGGUGAAGCAAUAAAAAUAAAAUAAAUGAAAACAGCUAAAUUAAAUCACGUUAAAUACAGGAAAAUAACUGGCUGCAGUUAUUUUGCUGUGCCUUCUUACACCUGAUGAGGGAGGCUUGUGUUGCCUUCGAAACGUCGUGAUCUAAUUGAGUUGUUUUCAUUUAUUUUAUUUUUAUUAAUUGUUUCACCCGCGUGACUUUACCGAAAAAACCAAAGAGUAUGAAUCCUUGCAGUCACGAAAGCUUCAGAUCUAAAGGGAUUCUACGCUGUAACACGAUAACAAAUGUAACGUUAAUAGCUUCAAAAAGUCAGUCACCACUUUGUCGCCAUCGUCGUCACCGCGUGCCUGGAAUCUUCUCCAGGUGAUCACCGGAGCGCGAAGUUCGGCGCGUGUCUUGAGGUUAUUGUCGCAAGUUCGCAGAAGUGUUCACGUUUCUUCUGAAGCAGCCCGUGUAUUGGUGGGGGGAUGAGAGCGUACAUUGGCGAGAUGUUAGCUACCUCGCCCGGCGUACAGGAGAUUGGUCGUGGGUUUGAUCCCGACCCUGACGCCUCUCUAUUUGAAGUUUUCGUGUCUCUCUCUCCCCCUGGCGGUCACGUGGAUUUUUCUCCGGGUCCUACAGUUUUUCCCCUCCACAUUUGGAUGGAAUCGAAGUGCGUUGAAAGUAUUUGGCUGCUAUAAAUUCCCACGUGAUUAGCCACUUCGUUGAGCCGUCAUUUGUGGCCAGAUCGCUUCUGAAAAAAACAUCUACCCAGCUCAGUAGGCCACACACCUGCCUGGCAAAAUACAAAUAUUAAUAUUUUAACAUUACUAUGAUCCAGUACAGAACCCUUGUCUCAUCCAACAUAGAGCCCCAUCCAGAACAUUUCUCUCUACCAAAGCAGAACCUUUGCAAUGACGCGCUGUGACGGAGCUCGGUUGUGAACAGCGAAAUUUGACAUUUUCCUUAAAAAAAACAAAAAUCAAUAAAAAGGAAAAAUGGUCUUA